AUUACAGGUAAGGAAACGUGAGAGCGCAGCUGUCUGCAGGGUCAGAUUCUGUUCAGUUAUCAGCAGGUGAGAUAUUAGACCUGCUUGUGGCCCCAAGGAAAGAGAAUAAGUCGGAGAUGGUGGAUAAACAAUUCAAUGCCUUACUCUAAUAAUAAUAAAGUAUAUACCUUAUAUACAGUUCUAGAUUUUUAUAUACAGGUUUUAAAAGUAAUGUUCCUUGUCAUCAUCAUUAUUGAAAUGUGAAGAGAAAAAGUUUUUUCUAUACCAAUUUGAUUGCUAGUUAAUUGGCAAAGUUUGAAGGUCUAAUCACAGACGGGACGGCCUACAUAAUUACUCAAUUAAAAGGGUUGAGAGUGAUACUUCAAUUACUGGUCAAGUUCCAAAGUCCAUAAAAGAAUGAUUCGAGUUUUGGUAGCAUUUCAGUGUCACCAUGACCAAGGCCGAGCGUAUAGAUAAACCUUUUAUGGACCUUGUGCGUGGUUAUUUUCGCCAUUAUUGUGAAAAGUCAACUAUUCAUUGUGUACGCUAUCUCUACGACUCUCAGCUACACAAUGUGGAAAGGUCUUGGAACGAAUUUCAUCUGUCUGAGAGGAUACUAAUCGAUCUUUCUAUUUUAACUCCAUACAGACUAAUCUGGUGUAUCCUGCUUAUUGUCAGUGUGAUCAUUUGUUGGUUUUUCUAUUUGCUGCUAUCAGAGCGUUAUGUGGCACAGAAACUUCAAACUGUCGUUGAGGAUCCUCAGUAUCCUGUUUUCAUUGUACAAUUCCCAGCUGUGGGCAUUUGUACCGACAAUCGCAUCAAUUGGAGCAAGUUGGAGGCAGCAAAGGCAAAAUUUUUGCCCGUAAAUGCCAGUGGGGAACUAGUGGAAGCCUUCACUAAACUUGUAAUGAGAAUGGAAACUCUGCGUUUUGGCAAUUAUCUACAGACACUUGUCCAGUUGGAGGACGAUAAUCUGGAGGUUAUGGAUUUCGUAAAUAUCACUGAUUUGGCUCUGUUUCUGACACUUCGUUGCGAAGAUCUUUUAGUGACUGGAACAUGUAAGUGGCGUCACUCUACGUUCAAUUGCUGUGAAUACUUUGUGCUGGAGAAAACGGAAUAUGGUUAUUGCUUGGUAUUCAACUCGGAACUCUCACCGAGAUCCAAGGAGAUUAAAAAUCUACAAGGAAGUGGCUUCUAUCCAAGACAUAACUCCAAGGCUGGUCAAGGUAGUGGGCUUAAUUUUGACUUGGUAUUACAUGAGCGUUUUAGGCGUGAACAUUCAUUGACUACCGACAAUGUUUAUAUUAUGAUCAAGAAACCAAAUCAAAUGACCAAUGUGGUGUACUCCAUGACCCCCAAUACCGAGACAUAUGUGACAGUUCGUCCUGAAAUAACCUGGACGGAUGAAUCAACUCGAAGCAUGCCACCAGAGAGGCGGAAUUGCCUGUUUCCCGAUGAACAAAUUGGCUUUGGCACUAGUGAUGCAGUGACCCGCUUUAGCAAGAACUUUCUUUUAACCAAUUGUUUGAAUCAGUGUCAUGAAUCGUAUCUGGUAAGGCUCUGCAAUUGUUCGUUGCCCAUUUUCUUUCUUAACAAUACAAGGGUUAAUGAAUGCAAUGCGGUUAGCCUUCGUUGUAUUGCCCGACACAAUGAUAUUUUCAGUUACGAUAAGAGGCUGGAGGAAGAUGCCUAUUUCAGUGCCACUAAACCUGGUAUGACUUGCUAUUGCCUAGUCAGUUGCAAUCUACUUGAAUAUUAUACGGCCACAACCACAUUGCCCCUCACCGCCCGUCGAUUACCCAACAUAACGCAGCAGAAAGUGUUCAAGGUAGAUGUUCAUUAUCAGGUUGAAAUGACUCUUCUAUAUCGAACUAGUCUGGAGUUUUCCAGUUUAGAUUUGAUUGCCAAUUUGGGUGGCAUAUUUGGACUUUGUUUGGGUGCCUCAAUGGUCAGCGCUGUGGAGUUGCUUUAUUAUCUAACAGUGGGAUUUGCUCUCCAUUUGUAUGAUCAUGCAUAUUUUGGUAUAUUGUGGCAGCGAAUGAAACUCAAAUGGAAACGAUCAGUGCAAUAUUUCUAUAAUGGUGUGGGUCACUUGGGCGAGCAUCAUCAGGAGGAGACUACACCAAAGAUGCGGCAUCCUUUUCAUAAUAAAACUCAAGUAUGGUAAAGAUGAAAGAUUACUUUUUUUGGUGUCUGCAGCAGCUAAAGUUAUCUAAAAACCGAUUGAGACCACCAAGUGCAGAGCAACCCAUAAUCAGACCAGCUAUUCCUCCAUAGGAAACUGAAAAUAUAUAUAUAUUUUGCACAUUUAGAAUGAAAUUUGUAUGAAAUAUUUCAGAUAACGUACCCAAUAGAUCAAUGCUGGUAAAGUAGAGCACUGAACGAUAGGAGAAUAAUGUCUCCUCCUGAAAAUAAACAUCCAAUUCGAUAUAGC